AUGGAUGUCAGGUUGUCCAAUGGGCUUGAGGUUCUAGCAAUGCAAGACAGCUCGUCGCUCGAGGGGGGACUUGUGCAGGUUUCUGCAUCCUUUAUCGGCGGCUCCCGUAAAGAGCCCCUCCAUCUGCCCGGCCUCGCUUUCCUUGUGGCGCAAUGCACCUUUCGAGGAGAACGGAUCGGAGGAAUUUUUGCCAAAGAGCAGCAGCAGGAGCAACAAGGGGGCUAUGAAUCCUUCGCGGCACUCAUCAAGGCUCUUGGAAGCCCUCAUCCACUGCAUUUGUCUGUGAAUGAGCUGGAGAGCUCCUUGGCAUUUCAGAUUCCUGUUGAGCGGCUGGCCGCUGCCCUAGGAGGACUUCGCGAAGCGCUCUCCCCGCAGUCUCUUUGCUCAAAUGAUUUGGAUGGGGCUCUCAUGGAGUUAAAGCAGCUUCAGCAGUUGAAUCCGAAUCACCGCGCGAACUGCUUUUAUGCCAUGGGAUUGGAGCUGUUGCACGCGCUUCGCUCUGCGCAGUGGCGCUCUGGGGAUUUGGAAGGGUGGCGAAGAUGGCAGAGGCGGAAGCGGAGGCUGCAGAAGGACCAGCACCGUCAGCAGUCUACUGCUGGCAGCGCAGCUGGCGGAUCUGUCGCUGCAGGAGUUGCUACGUUUGCCUCCACCUCUUUGCCGCUCCUACGCCAGGAGCAGCAGCAGCAGGACCAGAGUUCCACAGGCGUUGCCGGAGGGGCCCCUCACAAGGGGCCCUUUUGGCCCCGAUCCCCUUCCCCAUUGGGCGGGUUCAAAGCCCCCCGCCUUGUUUACGUUGAGGAGCUCGGAGUGGACGUCCUAGCGGCAGACGUCGAUAUUAGAGAAGCUGCUUUUCUCUGGAGGCGGCAUUACUACGUUCCCAACGGGAUUGCACUGGUCCUUGUGGGACCGCAAGAUCCAGAGCAGCUCUUGCUGCUCGCGCACCAAGCUCUGGGCAGUUUAGAGCCCAAUCUUAAGCUGCAGACUCGUUUUCGGUGCAGCGACAACAGGGCUUCGGAGAUAGAGAGUCUGAAUCCACAGCCCCCCGCCUUCGCGCCUCAGUGGCAACCCCACGCUGCAGAUGCAGCAUCUGCAGACGCAGGCACGAGCAGGGCAGGCAAGCAGAAGGGCCGCACCGGAGCAGACAGGGAUUUUGGGAGGCCUUCAGCGUGUCCUAAUCCUCUAGACUACGAGGAAGCGGGGGGGGGCCCUCAUGUCUUCACGCGUGCAACCGUAGCGGCAUCGGCGGGUGCAAGAGAAGCUGAGGGGCACCUGCAGCCUGUUGCACGCCCUAAGGACCUUGAAAAAUUGCUCUUGAUACAGCCCUCCAGUCGGUUUUCACACAGUGUGGAGUUCAUCUUUGUUAUGGAAACGGAGGGGCCCAGGAGGCCUCCGUGCAAGGAUAUAGAGGCCUGCCUGGCGCUAGCCGCGAAUCUCUUCAGCAUGGGGGGCCCCGGAAGCUGUCUGGGGGCCCUCCGGGCUGCCGGAUUGGCUGAGGCUUUGGAGGUGUCUAUGGAGUACACGGCUUGCAGUGCUGAGCUGCGGGUGUCUUUGAGCGUUUCUGGAGGCUCUCUCAAGCACCCGACUAUUGAGCUCACAGGCAAACUACUCUUUACAUUCAUUCAGCUGUGGAGGCAUCUGGCUUCCUCAAAAGAACCUUGGGCGGCGGUGAUGCGUCGUUUUGAGGCUGAGGAAAUAGGCUUUCAUCUGCACAAGAGGCAGGUACACGCGACGGCUCCUUCCCUCUCUGGAUUGUCUGCUGAAGCAGCGUACGGGGAAGCGCAUGCUGCCGCCUUGCCGCUGACACCCCUUGCUUUAGACGGCUUGGGAAGGCGGCCGCAAAUGCCGCAUCUGACACCGCAGGAGGAAGCGAUUUAUUUGUCGGGGAACCUCCUAGGGAAAGCGGGCAGUCGUGUCUUUCUAGUGGACUGGCUUGUGCAAAAGGUUCCCAGGGAGGAGUUCGUGCAGUUCCUCUCCGCCUUAACUCCCAGCAAUCUGAUCCUCGUGUUGGAGAGUCCUCUUAUAGCGCCCCUCUGCACACGCUUGGCCCCAUUCCUUCGUUUGCCAUUUUCGGUGCUGCCGUUGGAAGAGCACUGGAAGAAUCGGUGGAGUGCCCUCACAACCCUAGCGCCUGAUGAAGUCUCGAGACUUGCAAGAAGCCUCGGCCUCUCGCUUCCAGGGGAGGACCCCUUUCUGCCCAUGCGCAGCGGAUCGUCGUCGCUUUGGCACCCACGGAACCGUCCAGAAGAAGCGACAGCAGCGGCAGGAACGACAGAUAGUGCAACGACAUCCCAAGAAGAAGCGGCAAACCAUCUUGUCAAAGCAGUCCCCUUACCUAAAGAAGGGGCGUGCAGCUCCGUAUGCGAGGUUUUUAUAGACUCCAGGAACCCCAUAGGAGUUCCUAAGGCAUAUGCAACCUUCUGGCUCUUCCCAGGCUUGGCUUCCCGGCCUGCAACGUCGACGAGCAGCAGCAGCAGCAGGACGAGCAGCAGCAGCAGCAAGGGCAGCGGCACGAGCAAGAAAAACCGCAAGGCUCUGCGGCGGCGAAGUGAACGCAUCAAGUCCCUAGUGGCCCUUUCCCUCUUUAUACACACCGUUGUCGAGAUGCUUUUUGACCCCCUCGGUACUGCAGCUGUGAGCGGCGCAUUUGUCUCUGUCUCUGUGGACGUCGAGUCUUCUGCGCUGAAGUUCAAGACAUAUUUCAACUGCGGCGAAGCAACACACGUCCAGACCCCCUUCUGCUUGGGAGAGCUGGAUAUACUCACGUUUUCAUCUGUAAAGCAGAGGACUCUCCUGCGCAUUGCGGCGGCCGAGGGAGGCAACUGGCUUGCCUGCAUUGCUGGAGAAGUCAGGAACCAACUGAUGGUGCGAAACAAGCCCCCAAGAGCCCUCGUUGCAGAAGUGCUCGCCACCAUAACUGCGCCCGAUGCAGAACGGGCAGGGGCCAUCUUGACGCAGGAAGUCUUCUUUCAAGCUUUCUUCUCGGGCGAUGUGUCUUCAUCAGAGGCGGCCGAAUGGGCAGAAGCAGCAGCCACGUCCUUAGGACUCAGUGCGGAGAAUCGCAUGCCUGCCCUCCCUUCUCUGUCCGAUAUGCAGCCUAUUCCCCUCUCCUUCCUAGCAAGCGCUACUCGCAGCAGGAACGCCACCGUAAGCAGCAGAGGGGACGGUAAAUCAAAGCCCCAGACUUCCGCUCAUGCAGACGCAGUUGUCCCCCGAGUUCGCAUACGACUGGGCUUGCUGAGCUCCCAUCAAUUAGCAGGAGCAAAGGUUAUGGAAUUAGUGCUAAAGGAGGCCCUCCAUCUGCAUUUUUGCGAGCGUCUACCUGCAUGUGGAUCCGUAGAUGUUCAACUGAUAACGGAAGGUGCCUUCUUUACGUCGCUGGCUGUGCGGAUCCAUGGAGCUGACGGAACCAGCCAAUGGGCAGGUGGCGAGGCUCUUGAACGGUUUCUCUUUCAGCUGGCAGGAGCCCCUCGUGUUUUCCGCUCAACCCUGGCGACUCCUUGGCACCUCCGCCGUAGGCAACAGGUCAAACGCGAACCGAAGAGGGCCGCUGCCCCUUCCUCGAACAGCAAUGCAAUGACUGGUUCCUUGCCCUCACGAAUGCCGUCGUCAGGAAGGACUGCAUCUCUCACGCUGAAGGGUCUUCUUUCAGAUGAGUCUCUGAAGCGUCACAGGGACCGGCUCCUUAAGCACCUCCAGGGAGCUGAUGGCGCAAAGGUAUCACUUGCUGGACUCUCCAGCUGCAACAAUAGGCAUCACGGCGACAGCAGCAAUAGCGGAAAAAAUAGUGAAGGUGUAUGCGUGCGCGGCCGCACGGCAGCGGAGUGGCUUGGCCCUACCCGUCUCGUUUAUGAAGAAGAAAUCUGGAGGCGGCGUUACGAUUUUAGCAGUAUACAUAAGUUGUUGCGCCAUGCAGCGUACGCUACAGUUGUCUGCCCCCGUCCUCUGGCUGAGACCGUUGUUCUUUUCAGAAUUCCUGCUCCUUAUCCCCCGGAUGUCAAUACCCGCGACUUUUUCUUUUUGAACAUCUUAGCGGGACCGUGGCUACUAGUAGAGGCAGUGCCUUAUUUGCCCCCAACCACAUCCGCGUCGCCUGAAUUUCUCUUUUAUGAGCAAGCACAUAUGCACCGAACGUCGAAGGAACCCCGAACGGAUGUAGGGAAGACGCGUACGGGCUCGAGGCGCCACAAUUCAUUUAGCCAUGGAGGACGGCUCAUCGAGUCUCACCCUAUUUGGAGCCUGGAGGGCUCGUGGAUAUAUGUAGACCCUCCUUCUGCUACAGAAGUAGCAUUGGCCGCUGCAGAAGCAGCCAAUGCCGCUCCCACAAAAGCUGGGUUGGCGAGUGGUCCCAAAGGGGGCCUUGGCGAGAUAGGGAUGUGUAUUGCAAGCGUGUGCACACCCGCCACGAGAGCUCUAUAUUUUUGUUGCAACGGGGGUAGAAUAGAAAGCAAGAGAGCCUAUAGCUCAGCAGGGGCGAUGUUUUGCAUGGAACGUGAAACCGAAUGUCACGUGCGGCCGUGCUCAUGCGGGUUUGCAGCCCCUCCACGCACAUCUCAGUGGCAAAGGUAG